CUGGAAACACACAAACUAAUCAGAGAGACAGCAAGAAGCCCACAGCAAAUAACAGUGCUUAAAAGAUGGCCGACGCAGGCGUUGCAGUUCCCGCCGACAAGAAGGCCCCUCCCAAGUUCAAGCAGAGGACCACUCGUACCUUCAAGAGCAAAGCCCCUAAACCCGGCCAGAAGGGAUUCGGAGACGAAAUCCCCGGCAUGGAGGGUCUGGGCACAGACAUCACCGUGGUCUGCCCAUGGGAAGCCUUCGGGGACAUGGAGCUCAGCGACUUGGCCAAAUAUGGAAUCGUCUAG